AUGGACUCUCCAGUCUUUCACUGGACUCUAGCCUUUCCGACGCCUGUGUGGUUUAAGAACCGUCGGGCAAAAUGGCGUAAACGUGAGCGCAAUGCGGCCCAAGAGCUGAAGAACGGGUUUGGGUCCCAAUUCAAUGGCCUAAUGCAGUCACCAUUUGACGACACGACAGCCCUGUACUCGGGUUACGGCACUUACAACAACUGGGCGUCGAAAGUGCCCUCACCGUUGGGCGCCAAGUCGUUCCCGUGGCCGACACUCAACUCCGUGAACGUGAACCCAUUGGCGGCCACACAGACGGCGAUGUCGUGUUUCAAUACGGGGACCACAAUGUCUAACGUGAACGCCGGCCUCCAAAAUGGCAACCCCUGUCCGUACGCGUCGGCGUCGGCCAACUCUCCAUACGUAACCGCAUACCGAACCGCGACUGACCAGUGCUCUAAUGCUAUGUCUGCCUCCAGUAUAGCAACACUUAGACUCAAAGCCAAACAGCAUUCGGUGACCCCAUUCGGCGCGAUGUCCUCCUACUCGCCGAUGUCUCCCCGGCAGCCGACCGGCGCCGGCCUCAGCCCCUGUCAGUACGGGGCCACUGCUGUCACCAAUGCUAACACCGAAAGGCCGUCGGUUUAA